GAGCACGCACACAGAAUUACAUCGUACACUAGCACAAAAAGACAGCCUGACCUUGCACCAUUGAUUAAAAUGCUGGAUGAAUUCUCUCUUCAUUCUAUGACAAUGUAGGGUAAGAAUGAAUAUUUUGAUUACACAACUUGGAAUGGUCCUUUGCAAAAGCAAGCUGACAAUGCACAGAUGCUGAUUCAUUUUGGAUUCAUCCAAGGAUCAUCAAAAAGCAACCAAGGACAUUGGAGCAGUUACAGUCUUUCAAGCAGCAUAGAAGACAAGAAAUGAUGGAGGCCACCAAGAGCACAGCUCCUCCAGACACCAUGGAUCUCACAAAAGAUGAAGAUAAACUGGCAUCCCAGGUGGUGGAGAUCGUCAGUGCAAUCACUCCUGGGGCCCCGCGGUCUCCUGAAGAGCCUGAGGAAAAGGGAGAUGAAUCUGUGUCCUAUACCAAUGAAGACCGUGCUCUUAAGGACAUGACAGAGACUGCAUCUUGUGCUUUUGGUGUCAGGGAGUGCAGGGAUGGGACUCUAGUCAACAGUGAAGUGGAUGACUUGCCAGUCCCACAGAUGAAUGAUAGGGCACCGGACACCAUUACUACCAAGGACAAUUGCCAGACAGAGAGGGACACAACCGAGACAAGGCAAGAUCUUCAGACAGACCAAGAAGAAGACAAUAAAGAAUCCCAAUCAAAUUCUGCAGAUGCAGGCACAAAGUGUAAUCUAGCCCCAGAGGAAUCAGUGAGCACCAGUGGGGAACCUGUUGAGGCAACCAGUGCAAUCACAGAGUUACAAGCCAAGCCAGAUCAGAGUACAUCACCAGGGAAAGAUGAGGAAGAAGAGGUGGUAUUAUCACCUCAAGAGCUGACAGAGGCACCGACACCAAAGAUAGAACCUUUUGAUGUAUCUAAAGAGAGGAGGGAAAUGAAGCUGAAUGGGGAAGCUGAGGCCCCAGAACAGAUGUCUGGUGAUGAACUUCAAGCACGUCAAGCAUGUGGUGACAGUCAGGAUGAGCAGCACCAGGACCCAGAGCAAGACCACAACUUCCAUGUUUCCUUGGGGUCCCCUCAAGACCCCAAACCAGGCUACUCCACUUUGCCUCUGCCAAAGAAGUCUGGUCGCACCGUCAGCCACAAGACAUCCUUCAACCACCACAUCUCCUCCAAAUACAACACCGUCUCCUAUCGCAAGAUUCAGAGGGGCAACACCCGCCAGAAGAUAGAGGAGUUUGAGUCGAUGAUAAUGAAUUUAUAAGGGGAUGGUUUGAAUGCGCAGUUAAGGUUCCAGGUAGAUAUGAUGCGUAACGAGCAGGAUCCAUUAUGUAUUCAAAAACAAACAUUGGGGAAACUGGAAUAAUGAUCAUUUUAGUUGUGUGUUUGUGCCAAAUGUGCACAAUGUUGCUAAAAUGCACUUGUAAGUAGUAGGCCUACAUGCUUACUGAAAAACUGUGACGUAAUGCUUGGGUUACACAUACCUUAUACAUGUGGCCAGGAUUAAUUACAAAUGAAAUGAAAUGCUUUCUAAAUGAAAGCAUAAGGCAUACUAUUCAAAGCGUUUGCACAGUAACUGGGUGAACAGCAAUCCCUAACACCUAUAUAACAUCCACAACCUAUGUUUUGCAUUGGAUAGUUUUACAGCAGGAACCGUCUUAUGAGGGGCAGGUAUUUGAACAGCAGAUUAAUUAUUAAGCAGCUUGGGGAUAGCAUUCCUGUGUAAAGCAGUGUAACUAUGAAGGUAAGCAUCUUAAGGAACUAUUUUCAAGUGAUUAACACCUAAACCUGUGCCUGUGGUUGCCACUGCAAUUUGAGCUGUUUAGGUAACACAUAAUUCAGUAACUUCCAUAUAAAAUAACCUCAUACAGCUCUUAAUCAAGCUCUGUGAGAUUACAUUUUUCUCUUUCAAAAUGUACAAUACUUGCAUACAUAUUGUGCUGGCUAGUGGAAAGAAAUUAAUGUGCAAUAAACUGAAAAAUGGCACAAAA